GCGGAGGGUCAACAUGCAGUCAGCGUCCACCGGUAACCAAUCUGCCUUCCUCAAGUUCGUUGAUGAAGAAGAAAACAGAAAGAGCGUGAGUCAUGGCUCUUUACAUCUUCGUCGUCGUAAUUCUCAGCUUUCCUUUCUGGCAUUCCUCUGCUCUCCCGUCGUUUAAAGAACCUAGUGGGAGCUCCAGAGAAUUUACAUGGUCCAACGACAAUUCGAUAAAUGACACCAUCGGCUAUGGAGACAGCUCCUUGGGGAGGCUAAUCCUUAAGUCGAAUAGCACCAAUCCGGACGGUCCGGUCUUCGCAUGCGGAUUCAUCUGCACCGGCACCUGUGAUUCCUAUUUCCUCGCAGUUGUUAUUCUCAGAGAAAUCAACACCAGUGCAACCGAUCCACAAGGAGGCUUUCCAGGCCUAGUUUGGUUAGCAAACAGAGAUCAUCCCAUAAGAGAGAAUGGGACGUUGUCUCUGACGUCCGAUGGAGAUUUAGUACUGCGAGACUCAGAUGACACCAAGAUCUGGUCUACUGACACGUCCGGUAAGUCCAUUAUCGGCAUUAUCCUUCAAGAAGAUGGAAAUCUUCAGCUUUACAGUGCCAACUUCACGGUUUGGGAGUCGUUUGAUCACCCGACCGACACAUUGCUCCCCGGUCAGAAAUUAUAUGAGGGCCGUCGGCUUAUUGCCAGUUCCUCACCUAAGAAUUGGAGCAGCGGGCAAUACUACGCUGAGAUGACUUCUGCUGGUUUCGCUGCGUUUGUGGAAGCAGAUCCACCAUUGAUGUAUGUUCAGUUGAUGGGUACAAAACCUAGUACAAGUUCGACUCCAACUACUUCAAAAAAGGAAAUUUCGUACACGGUAAUAAAUCGGACUCCACCAUAUCAGGAUAAACCGCCGGGAGCAACUUACGCCAGACCUUGUACAUAUUCAAUUGGAUGCCGCCGCUCUGCACCUAUUCCUGGACCACCUAUUUCUGAAAGCAGAUCAACAACUUAUGCAGCACUGGAUGGUGAAAACCUCGCCCUCACCAUUGAAAAAACCAACUAUAGUAUUCGGAUAUGUCCUGACUCUGCCGACGGAUCCUAUCACUACCUGAGGCUGGGUUUCGAUGGGCAUUUGAGGACUUAUCGGUGGCAGAAAAACGGUGUUUUAGAAGAGGUUUAUGAUUUCGUAGUUCAAACUUGGGAUGACUGCCAGUACCCUCACGAUUGUGGCGAUUAUGGAGUUUGCAGAGGAGGCGGCAAUUGCCGUUGUCUGGAAGCGCUAGAUGGGUCGGACCACUUCAAGCGAAUCAAAGGACCAUUGCCAAACCAGGGAUGCUCUGAAAUCACUCCUUUGUCUUGCCAGAGUCCAUUAGAUCGUCAUCGUCUUGUGGAUUUUGGAAACCUUUCCUACUUCAACUUCAUCGAUUCACGUGCUGCCGAUCAGAAGUUGAAAGAUCUAGAUGCAUGCAAGCAGGCAUGUUUGAAAAACUGUGAUUGCAAAGCUGCUUUCUUCAAGUAUGGCAGCAACACUUCCGAUGGAGACUGCUAUUUGCUGUCCAAGAUCUUGUCGAUACGAGCAAACCCAAUACCAGGCGCCGACGAUUUCAAUUCAUCUGCAUUCUUCAAGAUUCAACUCUCUUACUCAGCACCACGUCUUCCGCCUCCUCGGUUGGAGAUUCCUCUACCUGUUAAGUCCAGAAGCAAGGAAGAAGAAGAAGAGAGAGAGGGAUCAUGA